AGUUCAAAAUAUGUAAUGCCAUUUUUACACUCAAGUUUAAUAGUAUGAUUAGUUUUACAUAAUAUAUAAUCUUUCAUUCGAGUCCAAAAAGUAACUGAAUGUAUACAGUGGCAAAAUAAAUGCGUUAAAGACACUAGUCGGUCAUUGCUGGGGGGCCCCACUGGAUUCCCCUGGAGGCCCCUGGAGGCCCCCGGACGUCACCGUGCGGUUAGGUAGGGUACGCUUGUUUUCUCAACCGUUCCUCGCGGAUCCGCCCAGCAGGAAGUGGCUGACAGGGCAGAGAGAGAGAGCAAGCGAGCAAAAGGCACAGCAGCCGAAGUCACAAGUGUUAACAUUAGCUACUUGUCAGAAAGUUGUGAAAUUACCAGCUCGAAACACCAGCGGUGUAUCCGUGUCGUGCACUUUCUUCCUGAGCCGGGAAAGAGGAUCUACUCUGGACUGUGGCGGCUCGCUUGAAGAAGUUAACCUGCAUAUGAAUGGCGGGGUUUUAUCCAAUUUCACCUAACACCAGUGUCCUGCGAGAAACUAAGGUUUUUGCCCGAGGCGUUUAGCUAAGCUGAGCACUAAGUCUGAGAGCAAGAAGGGGUUUGGUACUUUUCUUUUGUCUUCAUUUCACCCUCUCGGGAUAUUAUCAUGACGCCCGACCUCCUCAACUUCAAGAAGGGAUGGAUGUCGAAACUGGACGAAUUCGGAGAGUGGAAGAAACACUGGUUUGUUUUGACUGAUGCUGGGCUGAAGUACUACAGAGACUCGAGUGCAGAGGAGAAAGAUGACUUGGACGGUGAGAUCGACCUCAAAUCCUGCGUGAAGGUGUCUGAGUUUGAUGUGGGGAAGAACUAUGGGUUUCAGAUACAGACACGGGAGGCUCUGUUCACACUGUCUGCCAUGACAGCUGGGAUCAGGCGGAACUGGAUAGAGGUUUUAAAGAAGUGUGUCCGGCCCAGCAGCUCACCAGACCUCACACAAUUGCCUGACAGCAGCAGUGACAAAGAAAACUCCCACACUCGCUUUCUACUGUCUUCACGUCGCCCAUCAUCUCGUCAUGCUGAUGUUCAGUCAGAAGCACCGACCUCCGCCCCUCCCUCUCAUCGUACGUUUGACUAUGUUGAGCUGUCCCCCGUUCCUGCCUCUUCCAGCCCUCUGCCAGCCAGUCAGAGAGAAGCAGGAGAGGGGCAGGGGAGGGAGCAAAGCCAGUGGCAGGAGGAGAGGACCAGAGACACCACAAGCAGCCAGUGGGAGGCUGUGCUGUCCAGGAAGGGCACUGGCGUAGGAAUGAACCAAAGGCCACGCAUGGAGGAUGAAAUAGAGAAAAAGUGGGCUGAGUUUGAACGCAUGCCGUUAAAGGAGAUGAGUUCCUUACCAGCAGUGGGGAUACGGUCUUCCAGCCAGUCAGCCAGUGAGGCGCUGCAGAGGGAGGUGGCGUCACUGAGGCAACAGCUGGAGCAACUACAACAGGUGGGAAGAGGAGGAGUGGGAGGGAGAGGAGGAGGGGGGUUGCGGGGCGGCUGUGGCCCUGAGGCCCCCUGCGGCCGCAGCCUGGCAGCCAUGGAACGUGCUCAUCGACAAGCGCUUGAGGAGCUGCAGAAGCAGCACGACCGUCAGAUCAAGGAGCUGGAGAAGGAGAAGAACAGGCUGUUGCUGGAGGAGACCCAGGACACAGCACGAGUAAUGGAGGCUUUGAAGAAGAAACACAAAGAGGAACUGGAGAGAGAGGUUGAGAAAGUCAAGAGGCUAAGCAGCGGAGUACUAGACUCACAUUCUUUGCGAGCCCAACAACAGGCAGAAAGUCAAGCCUUACAGAGAGAGCUGGCCGGACUGUCUGAGCGCUACUCUCAGAAGUGUCUGGAACUGAACCGAGCUGAGCAGAACAACGCUGAGAGAGAGAGGGAGAUCAGCCGCAAGGAGAGAGAUAUGGAGCAGCUGAGAAAAGAGAACCAGGACUUAAAGGCCCGUUUGACGGAAGAGAUCAGCCGUAUACAAUCUACCAUCACAGAUCAGGGCUCAGAGGACAACAAAGUCAGGACGCCCUGUGAACUAGAGGUCCUUCUCAGGGUGAAAGAAAACGAGAUAGAGUACUUACACAAGGAGAUCAGCUGUCUAAGGAACGAACUGCAGUUUCUUAACACGGAGAAACGGCUGGCGUGUGAGCGAUAUACAGAAGUGCAUGAGGAGCUGAGCGGGAUGAAGGGCCGGAGUGAGCGAGAGAUCCAGAGUCUAAAGGAGCACUUGAGGCUGGCCAUGGCUGCUCUGCAGGAGGGGCAAAAGCUGGGUAACAGCCUGGACCACUGAGAACCUGCUGCUGGUACUGAUGCUCUAGCAGACACAGAGACAGGCGUGUCUGCACCAUGGUGACUGAAUCAAAAACAGAUACAGAAAAGCCGAAGAGAUGAUUGUUGGACUUGUAUAGUUCUGGCUGUGUGGAGACCAUGAUAGUGCCUUAGUUUCAAUCAUUCUGCCAAUGAGCAGCAUAGAGUAGCUAUUAGCUGGUUUCAUUACACUGGGCCACACAUGAUAUAUAAAACUGCACUUUUCAUUUUUUUAUUGUGGCUUUUGCUUUUGUGAAUGCAAACAUGUAUGAGUGCGCAUCUGGUCUGAAAACUGGAAUAUUUGUUGAUGACAUUUUUUAUCAGGUAUUGUAGAUAGAGUUCAUACUGUAUCAGCUUUUUUUAUUGGAUAAACUUCUCAUUGCGUCUGUGUCUACUGCCUGAGACACCAGGAAUCAACACAGUUACAGAAGAGUUAGUGUCAUCACAGUUUGGUAUGUUGUACAGC